GCAUUUAAUCGGAUUCCCUGAGCCGCCAGGCACAGGGGCAGAGUCGGGACCGGAUCCAACCGCAAUGUUCACUUCAAAAUCCAACUCCGUCUCCCCUUCUCCGUCCAUGGAACAGGCAGAUUCGGACGCUCUGGACAUCAGCACCAAAGUGCAGCUGUACGGCGUGCUCUGGAAGAGACCCUUUGGGCGGCAGUCGGCCAAGUGGUCCAGGAGGUUCUUCAUCAUUAAGGAAAGCUUCCUGCUCUACUAUGCUGAGAGUGAGAAGAAGAGUUUUGAAAGCAAUAAAUACUUCAAUAUCCACCCAAAGGGGGUCAUACCUUUGGGAGGCUGCAUCGUGGAACCCAAAGAGGAGCCCAGCAUGCCUUAUGCCAUAAAGAUCUCCCAUGAAGACUUCCACGGUAAUAUCGUUCUAGCAGCCGAAUCGGAGUUUGAGCAGGCUCAGUGGCUGGAGAUGCUACAGGAGUCUGGAAAAGUGACCUGGAAGAAUGCCCAGCUGGGAGAAGCAAUGAUUGAGAGCCUGGAAGCCCAAGGACUGCAGCUGGCCAAGGAGAAGCAGGAGUAUUUAGAUAAGCUGAUGGAAGAAACAGAAGAGCUGUGCCUGCAGAGGGAGCAAAAAGAGGAACUUGAGCGUCUAAACCAGGUACUGGAAGCUGAGAAGCACCAGUUUGAAGAGGUGGUGCGGGAGCUGCGGCUGGAACAGGAGCAAAUCAGACGGGAGCUGGAGCUCACAGCCCACUCCCUUAAAGGAGUGGAGGAAGAAAAGAAAGAGCUGCGAAGCCUGACGGAGUCCUUGCAGAAAACCCUGGAGGAGCUCUCUGUGGAAAAGCAGCGAACACUGGAGAUGCUGGAGGAGAAUGAGAGCCAGCUCCCACCUCCAACCAGCCCCAGCAAAGAGCGAAGCCCCAGCUGGGGGCUGCACUGCAGCCUGCAACAGAUCGAAGAGAAGAUGCAGAAACUUCUGGAGGAGAAACUCCUGGCUGAGAAGAGGAUGAAGGAGAACGAGGAGCGGUCCCGAGCCCUGGAGCAGGAGCGGGAGUUUUACUCUUCCCAGUCACAAGCGCUGCAGAACUCGCUCUCAGAGCUGACUGCAGAAAAGCAGCAGGCUGAGAGAGACCUCAAGGCUGAGGUAAAAGUGCGCAUGGAUCUGGAGAAGAGACUGAGGGAAGCUGAGGAAGCACUGCAAAGCUUGGAGCAAGGCCUCAAUUCUCUGGACCGCAACCAGGAGAAAGAUGAGAAAAUGAAAGCAGAUGUCAGUAACUUGAGAAAGUUCUUUGAAGAGUGCAUCCGCAAUGCCGAGCUGGAGGCCAAGAUGCCCGUGAUCAUGAAGAACUCCGUGUACAUCCAUAAGGCCGCCACGCGACGCAUAAAGAGCUGCCGCCUGCACCGCCGGAGAGCGAGUGCUUCAUGGAAUGACUUGAAGCAGUCCCAGUCCUUCAUCUUUUCCCAGGCAGAAGCUGAUGGCAUUCAGGAGCUGAAGGAAGCAGCCAAAAGGCUGAGCCAGGACCAGCACUUCUGCAAAACUCUCUAUCAAAUCAUGAGGUCGCAAAAAGAUUCUGCUGCCGGGGAUGAAAAGUGACAACCGAUGGGAAGGACUUUCCAAUCUCAACUUGCCCUUCAGCUCUGCAAAUGUUAAGUCAUUUGGCGCCAGGGUCAGACAAGAGAUUUUCUCUUUGGUGAGCAAAGAGGAGGAGAGCUGUGGAUAGGCAAUUCCCUCGAUAGCCAGUGACUUUGCUUUAGUUUGAGUGCACCCUAUAGCCUGGCAGUCCUGCUCUGCCAUUCACUCUGUUUGCUUCAGCUCUUUAUGUUAGGCUACAUUUUGCCAAGACAUCACAAUCAGUGUUAAAGUGAACCACAGACUUUAGUAUAGAAAGUGCCUCUUCCAUUCUUUCCUGCCUAGUUUGUCUGUCAGACACAGGUGCUUCUGAGAAACUUUACUAGCCCAUGGGCCAGGUAGUGCAACCAUCCCCAUCAGAUGCAGUCUGCCUGUUCUGCCCCAUCCCCUCCAAAGAGUGGCACGCUGCACAGCUCCAGCUAUCGGCACUUUGAGGGAUAUUUCUUGAAGACUAUUGCAUUAUCAUUAUUAUUGAAUUAUUAUUAUUAUUUUUAAUUAUUUCUGAGGAAUUUUGAAGAAUGUUUCCUGAAGACUGCAGCAACCUCAGCCUUCUGAACAUAUGACAGCAUUCUGAUAUAACAAGGUUUCAAGCAAAUGAUAACAGUGCAAGAUGGAGACAACCUGAUGAUACUGUGAAUUUGGCCCAAGGAAGGAUCAUGGAGGAGCUUUCAAGUCAGCUCUGAUGGCUUUCCCGUCUCCUCUGGAAAACUGGCUUUAGGACAAGUGGGUGAGGAGUGCCCAGCCAUGGAGGUAUAAAAGGUACCAAGUGACCAAGUUAGCAGCAGAGGUGGAGAUAGGACUCGGGGGCUCUUAAGAGCAGAUUUCCUAUACAUAUAUAUAUAUGUAUUUGUCACUGGCUUCUUGCAACCUAUGGCACCUCCUACCACUGCAGUGCAGUUUCUGGGGAUGAAUUGGGGAUGAGGCAGGGGAGGCAGCCCGGAGCUGCCAGGCAGGGGAAGGAGGUUUGGAGAGGAUGCCUUGCAAGCAGAGAGCCCUUGGCAGGCAUGUGUGGCCAGAAGAGCACUGAAGGUGCUGCAGGCUCCUACAGGGCUAAAUAGCUAUUAGAAAAACAUCUGCAUUCACCUAUUAGAAAUUAUCCAGAGCCUGUUUUCCCCUUGGCACCUUAUUCUUAAUAUCUCUGGUUAUUUUCCAGUUACAAGAACUUGAUUAUGUAUUGCUGGAAGGGACAAAAACACCCAAGUGCAGCCAGGGAACACAUCUGU